AUGGGAAACUUAGGUUACACAAGUUUGCAUCCAAUAACAGAGGUGUUGGACUCAUUUCCACAGAGUGAGCUGGCUAAGGAUCUCUGUAACCUUGAUCUUUGUAAUGACACAUUACCAAUGCAGAGAAGUUUGGGACUCUCUUGGGAAAUUGAAACUGAUCAAUUCACAUUUCGCACAUGUAAAGACAAGAAACCAUUCACCAGACGUGGAAUAUUGUCUGUGAUUAACGGACUUUACGACCCCAUAGGCUUUGCUGUUCCAGUCGUUUUGAAAGGGAAGCUUUUGAUGAAAGAAAUUCUGUCCAGUACAACCUCCUUAGAUUGGGAUGACCCACUUCCUGAAGUGUUUAAAAACCCAUGGGAUGACUGGGUACAAUCCUUAUUUCAACUAGAACAAGUGUGCAUUUGUAGACAGUACUCGGAUCACUCAUAUACAGAUUCCAAUGUUCGUCUUGUGCAUGUAUUCUGUGACGCAUCGAAAGACGCGAUCGGUGCUGUUGCAUAUCUACAGCUCUUUGGACCUGUUGGUUCAGAGCCUACACUCAGUUUUCUGCUUGGAAAGGGAAAACUUGCACCUAAUGGCGGCAACACCAUUCCUCGGAUGGAACUAUGUGCUGCAGUUCUCGGAGUCGAAGUAGCAGACAUAAUCAAGGAACAACUUGGUAUUCCAUCAGAGUGCUUUAGAUACUAUACGGACAGCCAGAUUGUCUUGGGUUAUCUAACAAACACUACUCGCAGAUUCUACGUUUAUGUGUCAAACAGAGUGAAGCGUGUUCAUUCAUCUUCAUCUCCGAGACAAUGGACGCACGUUCCCACAGAGCAGAAUCCAGCUGAUCUGGCUACGAGAUCAGUCUGUGCUACUCAACUUUCAAACAGUAUGUGGUUGACUGGACCUCCAUGUGAGACCCUGACAAAAACAUUUUCAGAACCACCCUUAUGUUAUCCGUUAGUGGAACCAAACAACGACUGUGAGAUUAGACCUGAAGUCACAUGCAACAAAGUUCAGAUGGAUGAUGUGAAACCUUUUAACCAUAAGAUCGGAUCAGAAAGAUUCUUAAAAUUCUCAACAUGGGAAUCUCUUGUUCGAGGAGUCAAGAUUCUGAAGCAAUUCAUAUAUAAAUCAGUGAAACACAGUGACAUUGACUCUAGUGAAGCAUAUGAACAUGCAGAACUUUAUGUGAUACAGACAUGCCAGGGAGAAGCAUAUGAUGAUGCAAUAAGAUGUAUCAAAGGUGGACGUCCCCUGCCGAACGGACACUCAGUUAUGGCCUUAUCGCCAUUUAUUGACCAACAUGGCAUACUCCGCGUGGGAGGUAGACUUGACAAAAACAGACAAGGAGAUGACAAUCUUCACCCUGUGAUCAUGCCCAAGAACCAUUAUGUCACCAGGCUGCUCGUGCGCAAAUUCCACCACCAAGUGCUACAUCAGGGACGACUGUUGACGGAAGGUGCACUUCGUUCUGGAGGAUUCUGGGUAGUAGGUACCAAAAAUCUCAUAAGAUCAGAGAUCAAAUCCUGUGUCACAUGUCGCAAGUUGAGAGGAAGUUUUGGUUGGCAGAAGAUGGCAGAUCUACCUGAGGACAGGAUACAGCCUGCUCCACCUUUUUCUUAUGUAGGUGUAGACACCUUCGGUCCCUGGACAACCACGCAACGACGGACCAGAGGGGGAACUGUGAAUCAGAAGAGAUGGGCUUUGAUGUUUACAUGCCUCGUUUCACGAGCAGUUCAUUUGGAAGCCAUUGAAGAAUUGUCCACAGCUUCAUUUAUUAAUGCAUUACGCAGGUUCGUGGCCUUAAGAGGCCCUGUUAUACAGUUUCGAUCAGAUCGCGGGACAAACUUCAUUGGGGCAGUGCAUGAACUAAAAAUUCCCUCUGACCUGGUGGAAAACCCAGUAUCAAAAAAGUAUCUCGAGGAGAACAAGAUCAUGUGGGUGUUCAAUCCUCCCCAUGCCUCCCACUUUGGCGGGGCAUGGGAAAGAAUGAUAGGUGCUUCAAGGAAGAUACUGGACAGCUUACUCUUGAACCAUAAGGGACCUUUAACGCAUGAAGUUUUGACCACAUUCUUGAUGGAAGUUAGUGCUAUUCUGAAUGCUAGACCACUUGUCGCAGUAUCAACUGACCCAGAUGCACCACAGGUACUUUCACCAGAUAUGUUAAUUCAUCAGAAAACCAUACAUACCUCAAAGUUGGACAUUCCAGUGUUCUGGACUAAAGACGCCCUCAAGAGUUCCUGGAAGCAGGUGCAGUACUUGGCAGAUCAGUUCUGGCAGAGAUGGCGCAUAGAAUACAUGCAAAGCUUACAGAUUCGUCAGAAAUGGUUGACAGAAGGUAGACAGUUUCAGAAAGGAGAUGUGGUUCUCAUGCGUGACGAUUCUUUAGCCAGAAAUCAGUGGCCCCUUGCUAUAGUAACAGAGACCUUUGAGAGUAAUGACGGACGCGUACGCAAGGUGAAGAUAUUUUGUGGCCGUAACAGAACAUUUUAUGUGAGACCUGUUACUCAGUUGUGUUGUCUCAUUGAAGUAGCUAAGUAG